GGCAAAACUCGGCACCGGCUGCCCAUCGAGGCGGCAUGACAUCCUCGCUGCUUCGUUUCCUCGUGGUCCCCGCGUCCGUGGCGUUUUCGACACGAUGCGACCAAUGCGACGAGGAAACUACGGCGCAGUUGCAGUUGAGAGAGAGGAGACGUAGCGACGGUGUUCUGUCGAAGUUGCAAAGUAGACUCACUUUGCUCGACAACAGUCUCUACUGGCAGGGCUAUGGUUCUGAAAGCCUUGCGAGCUAUUUCAUUGGCUUCCUUGGCCAUGAUGCCGUUCAGGUCGGUGGAUUGAACAUCACCGCCAAAGUCGGCUUGAAUUUGAUGGGCAACGCGCUGUCUGGGAACUUCUAUCAAUCAGUGGAAGCAGAUGCGGCCGUGCUGGGCCUGCUGCCGGGUUGCUUCACAGGCGGAUGCAACCCUUCAUACUACGAUGACUUGCUUUCCACCAUGGCACGGGAAGGAAAGAUUCGGCGCGCCUUUACCCUCUGCUUCGACGAUAGUCCUCGCGGUGGUGGCAAACUCUUCCUGGGGCGCCCGGAAAUUCCGUCCGAUGCGAUGAAAAUUCCUCUGCAUCCCUUGACUGACGGCCUUCGUCCCUACUCGCCUCUGUCCACCUUCGGCCCUUCUGGCGCAGGCGUCGAGUUUUUCUUCGGAAGCAAACGCGUCGGAUCGCGCAGUGCAGAAGAAUGGAACCGGCUGAUGAGGUCGGGCGCGGGCUACAGCGACACCGGGACCCCCGGCCUGGUACUGCCCGCUGCGCUGCUGGACGAGGUCCUGAUGGAGCUCAAGCGCAAGAUCCUGGCGGAUGAGAUGUGUGCAUCCAUGUGGGGCCCCUACUUCCCCAAGCUCUUCGCUCAACACCUGGACAAAUUGACGGUGACGUCCGGCGCUGCCAGCUGUGCCCUGAGCCACGUGGAAGACUUUGUUGUCCAGCUGGGCCCAGAUAUCAGUCUCAACAUCUCCAAGUCCAGUUUCUUCUACGAGACACCGCCCUGUUCCAAGAAACUCAAGAUCUCUUGGACCUCUGGGAACGCUGAUACCUUCAUCUUCGGCACGGCCUUGAAUUGGGGCAAGACGCUGCUCUACGACACCAGCGAUUUGGAAAAUCCCAAAUUGAUUCUGCUGGGCCGCGCCGACGGCUGCACUGCCAACUGGGCCGAGUUGGCCACGCAGUCGGCACCAGGGCAGCUUCUGGGUCUUGAGCUUCCCGUCAGCUCGCCCAUUGAGCUGCAGGGCCUUCCGGCGCAGGUGUUGGGUCGAGACGGUACCAUGACGGCCACGUUGAUGAUUGGAAGCCCACCACAGGAGAUGACCAUGCAGCUGGAUACCGGAUCACAGAAGCUGGUCGGAGUCCAUGAAAAUUGUCGCAACUUGGGAUUUUGCUUUUUGGUCCAGCCCGAAAAUGUGACGAACACAGCUCUUCUCCCAGGACCCGACUAUGGCACUGCCAAGUGUCAGCGUCAAGUCGAAGUCCUAACACAGAUGCUGUCCAAUACUUCAAGCUGUUCGCACCUCAAAUCGAAGCUACUCUGUGAGUGCGCGAGCCAAGAAGAAUGUUUGCGGCAGAUUCUGAGUGCCGCGUCACAAGUGCAUCCCAGCGAGUCUUGCGCGAGGGAUAGGAGGACUUGCGGAGAGAAGAUGGACUUUCGUCCUGAAGCCUCGGACAGCUUCCGGCCGCUGAUGGCGGCGUCCAGGGCGUCCGGCAGAUCCAGCACCAGAUCCGCGGCUGAAUCCGCGCGGAGCUUCCUGGGCUCUGGCAGACUGGAACAGUGUCAGAGGUAUCGCUUCUGUCAUGUCGAUUCACCUGCCGGCCCAGUACGGGUUCCCGAAUCUAUGGCAGGGUUGGCACCAGAGCCCGUUGGAUCCGUUGGACAGAACGCCAGUGCCAGUGCCAGCGGCGAUCGCCCCGGUGAUCGCGAUGAAGCGCUGACCGUUCCGCCCGUUCCGCCCGUUCCGCGUGACACGUUUGGUGAAGUCGAUCGCGCCACGGGUUCGAAGCAGCCAAAGGAAGCUGUGGAGGAUGCGUCGCCUUCUGCGGACGUUUCCUGGAAGAGUCCAGGGAAACCACUGCAGGAUAGCAGCGAGCGCUCCAGAGAGCAGACGCAUCGCUGGGAAGAAGUAUUGAAAGAUAGUGCGCAAGUAGCAUACAAAGAUCAGAACUACAUUAGUUCCUUUGAGAAAGCUCCCGAAGCUGACCAAAAGCAAGGAACAGAAGUAACACCUGGCUCCGUCGUCUCGCCAAGUUCCGAGAGGUCUCAGCGGGAGCCAACUUCGAAAGAUUACAGGCCGCAUACGGUGUACGAUGGUGGCACUGGUUCUUUGGCUUGGCCAGAAGCCAAAGAGAAGUUGCCAGGAACAGAGACAGAUAUGUCGCCAAGUUCAGAGGAGAAGUCUGAGUGGAAGCCAAAUGUGCCAGACGUUUUGCAAACGGCAGACGCAGACAAGAGAGACAGUUCUGUGGACGCAGCCCGAAAAGAGAAGGAACUUGGCACAUUGUCGCCGACAAGUUCAGAUGAGAAGUCUCAACUGGAACCAGCUGGUGGCAUUGCUUCUGGGGAGGGGCCAGAGCCGAAGGACGUGGCAGAGAAGGAACGUUCUGGCACAAUGUCGCCUAUAAGUUCUAAAGAGGAGAAGUCUCCUGGUCCCUCCGCAGUAAGUGCGUUCUCCCUGGGGCGGGUGCCAGACUUCAUGGAUGGCAAAGAGAAGUCGCCAGGAACAGAGACAGAUAUGUCGCCAAGUUCAGAGGAGAAGUCUGAGUGGAAGCGAAAUGUGCCAGACGUUUUGCGUUCUGUGGUCGCCCAAAAAGAGAAGGAACUUGGCACAUUGUCGCCGACAAGUUCAGAUGAGAAGUCUCAGCUGGAACCAACUGGUGGCAUUGCUUCUGGGGAGGGGCCAGAGCCGAAGGACAUGGCAGAGAAGGAACGUUCUGGCACAAUGUCGCCUAUAAGUUCUAAAGAGGAUGAGAAGUCUCCUGCUCCCUUUGCGGGAAGUCCGAUCUCCCUGGCGCCGGUGUCAGACUUCAUGGAUGGCUUCCCACCUGAGCCUGCGAUUGGUGAACCGUUGCCCUUGAGAAAAUGAGAGAAGUGCUGUAACGGCGCGGCGAUUGUGCUGAAGCUGGUGGAAACUGGUGUUCUUUUUGUC